AAAAUCUUUCAAAUCAUUAAUCCCUUCCCCAACUCUUUUGGCGUUUGAACUUGUCCCGGCGGCCCGGCCCCUGUGCGCUAAAUCCAGACAUAAACUCGGAAGUUGCAUCUUUCGACAAGUAAUUAUGAACUUGUUUCUCCCCCGUUACAUCCUUCAAUUCAGGUUUUCUUCACCUCAUUCAACUCUCCUCACAAACUAUUCACAUACUACAAUAGCUAUAAACAAGAAAAGAAGAUUCAGCACACUAUCACUUUCUAUAUCCCCAAAGGCUGAAUUACUGGUGGUUGUUGGUGGCGGUGCAGCUGGAAUUUAUGGUGCAAUUAGGGCUAAAACUAUAGCCCCUAAUUUGAAUGUGGUGGUUGUUGAGAAAGGAAAGCCUCUUUCGAAGGUUAAGAUUUCUGGAGGUGGUAGAUGCAAUGUGACUAAUGGACAUUGUCCGGAUAACAUGAUUAUGGCAGAUCAUUACCCAAGGGGUUAUAGAGAGCUGAAAGGCGCCUUCUUUAAUACGCAUGGCCCAGUGGAUACAAUGUCUUGGUUUUGCGAUCAUGGAGUCGAACUGAAGACCGAGGAUGAUGGAAGAGUAUUCCCGGUCAGCAACAGUUCAUCUUCUGUAAUCGAUUGUCUUAUGUCUGAGGUUAGAAGAACUGGAGUUGUUAUGCAGACCGGAAAAGUUGUUACAACUGCAUCUACUGCUGGUGGGAAGUUCAUUCUCAAGAUUGAGAAACGUACAAUUGAUUAUGUAGAAUCAAUUGAAGCUGAUUAUUUAUUUAUUGCCAGUGGAAGUAGUCAGCAGGGCUAUGCUCUUGCUACACAACUUGGUCAUUCUAUCGUUGAUCCAGUCCCAAGUUUAUUCACUUUCAAGAUUGACGAUACGAAGUUAACAGAGUUGUCAGGGUGUAUAAACUUUCAUAUACAGGUCACAUUCGCUAAGGUUAAAGCAAAACUAGAACUAGAAACCAUGAAGAAGAACAUACAACAACUUACUCAGGUUGGACCCAUGCUAGUUACACACUGGGGACUUAGUGGGCCUGUAAUUCUUCGGCUAUCUGCUUGGGGUGCACGUUAUCUCUCCAAUUCAGAUUACAAAGGCAUACUGCAGGUGGACUUUACUCCUGAUCUUCAUAUUGAACACAUGAAGUCUGUUCUUAUACAACACAAGAAUCAGUUUGCAAAGCUAAAAAUGCUCAACUCAUACCCUUUAGAACUUGGUCUUGUGAAGAGAUUCUGGAAAUACCUGUUAGAUCGAGAGGGAAUAGAUGGUGAUAUCUUAUGGGCAUCUGUUUCCAAUAACUCAAUAAUGUCUAUUGCUUCUCUGUUAAAGCAGUGUCCGUUUAAGGUGAAAGGAAAGGGUGUAUUUAAAGACGAAUUCGUCACUGCUGGAGGUGUUCCAUUGUCUGAGAUCUCGCUGAAGACAAUGGAAAGCAAGCUACAGCCCCGUCUAUUUUUUGCUGGAGAGGUACUAAAUAUUGAUGGAGUGACAGGCGGUUUUAAUUUUCAGAAUGCUUGGUCUGGUGGACACAUAGCAGGUACGAGCAUUGGUAGUCUUGCAACAUGUAAUACUCCAAUGGAGAUGAUUGUUUGAUCUAUAUUCUGAUUCACCCUCAAUUUCACAAAAGGUCAUACAUGUACUCUAGUAUAGUACAUCUGUGACUUUCUAUAUUCGAAUAUGAUAUAAUUUUUGAAGUGGAAGUUUGUAGUUUUGAAAUUUUAAAUCAUUCAUAUCACAGUUCGAAA